GGCUCAUCUGUAAUAAUUAUGGUUUGAAUUCUUUCAGCAGGAACCAUGUGAGAGCCGUGUCCUCUUUAACUUCUUUAAGAAGAAACUGGUUGUUCACAUCAUUCUCCUCAGAGCUCAGAGCUGCACCUGCAGAGCCGACGAGCGAGGGAGGGGACGCGGGCGGCUGUUUGUUCAGGUGUCAGAGUCUCAGAGACGUUCAGGGCUUCGCUCCUGUGCCACAGCUGGUCUGUCAACAUGCGCUGUGGGAGGUCGACAGUCACCAUGAAGCAGCAGCCAACGAUCACCCAGCCCCACCCGCCGUCCGGGGGAGACGCCCUGCCGCUCUGCCGCUUCCCAUCAACCAUUGCUGCAGAUGUAGACUGGACUGGACUCCCCAAGCUGGUCUGUUGUCCUGGUCCUGGUCCUGGUCCUGGUCCUGAGGAGGUCUGGCCCCAGAAAAUAAUCCAGAUCCGUUUUGUUCCUUGUGAAAAACCCCUUCCUGACCGUGACCCUGAUCCUCGUCCGUCCUGAUGGAGGAUGAGUACUUCAGGGAUGAACAUCUGCUCUCUGAUCAGUUAUCGAUCGAUGAUUCAGGGCCCGGAGCUCAGGAGGUCAGGAGGUCGCGUGGGAAGCGUCUGAAACUUCUCGCCGCUCCUCUCCCUCUCCCUCCCUCUCUCACCUCUUGAUCCAGGAUCGAUCGCUCGGAUCGGUUAUCGACCAGUCAUCGGCGGCUUCAGGUGGUCGGUGUGUAGCCUCGUGUUCGGUCUACCUCCUCCGGGCGACAUGAGACUGAGCCCGCGCGGAGCUCUCCUCUCCUCCCCCUCCUCCUGUUUUCCCUUUCCCCGCUCUUUGUCUCUCUUUAAUUUUCACACGAAAAGUCCCAGAACGGACCCGGAUCGGUCCGGAUCAGUACAGCACGGUACUGGAUCAGCUUAGCCCAGCGCCAACCGCUGGUUCUGACCCAGCAAACUCCGGUUGGACCUUCAGUGUGUCAGACUUGGUGUGACGAAGUGAUGUGCAUGUGACAUUCAGAAGUCCCCAGGAUUUUCCUCUUAUUUCCUGAGAGCCUGACAAACACAGACACGUGGCCCUGAACACAGCUGGAGCCAGUUUAAAGGUCCGAACGCCCCAGAUCACGUGAUAAUAAAGACCGUGAGGAGGCUCAGAUCUGAGGACAGUGACCCUCAGCAGGAGGAAGGAGCUGUUGUGAAUUUAUUACUGUGAUAAUCACUGAUCAGGAUCUGUGGUCUGUGAUCUGUGUGACGCUCAGGUGUUAACCUUUGGAGCGUCUACCUGCAGACUGUUUAUCAGGUAGAUAACAGGUGAACUGCUCGGCUCAGCGGCGAAUCUGAGGAGUGAAACACACCUGGGGUCAGACGCACACUUUCUCUCCUGGAUUGUACUGAGCUGCAGGAUCAGAGCGUUGAGCUGUUGGAGGACAGGUAAAGGAAACACACCUGGACUUGAACAGGAGAGCAAACAGCACUCACACUGAGAGACACACACUUUAAUGAAGACAACAUGGCGGACAGGAAGUCAGUGUGUUGUGGCGUUUCUGCUCUGGAGGCUACGUUAGCUGUUUUGUUCAUCCUCAUGACGGCCGUGUGUGUGACGCUGAUCACACUGAUGGUUACCUGGAAAACACAUACAGGCCCGGAGACUCAGCACGAACCUUACCUGAUCGGAGUGGGCCGAGCCGACUGCACUGGGCCGCCUGCUGAAGUCCCUCUGAUGGGUUAUGCGAACCCUCAGCAGACGGCUGCAGGCAUACACACCCGCCUGUACAGCCGAGCCUUCAUCAUCGAUGACGGGAGGCGGAGAGUCGUGUUCGUCACUGCAGACGUAGGAAUGAUAUCACAGAGGCUGCGACUGGAGGUUCUGCAGGCGUUGCAGGUGAAGUACGGGGAUCUGUACCGGCAGGAUAAUGUGGUUCUGAGUGGGACUCACACUCACUGUGGACCGGCCGGAUAUUUCCAGUACACACUGUUCAUGAUCAGCAGUAAAGGUUACAUCAAGGCGUCCAUCGAGCCUCUGGUCAACGGCAUUGUCAAGAGCAUAGACAUAGCCCAUCGUAACAUGAGGCCAGGCAGGAUUUACAGGAACAGAGGAGAGCUGGACGACAGCAGCCUGAACAGAAGUCCUCACUCCUACCUGAACAACCCCGAGAGCGAGAGACACAGGUAUAAGUGGAACACAGAUAAACAGGUGUUGGUGCUGAAGUUCACAGAUCUGGAUGGAGACGGGAUCGGUAUGCUCAGCUGGUUCGCCGUCCACGCCGUCAGCAUGAAUUACACCAACCGCAUGGUGAGCAGUGACAACAUGGGCUACGCUUCCUACCUGCUGGAGCAGGACAAGAACCCCGGAGAGUUACCUGGACAGGGAGGUUUCGUCGCUGGUUUCUCCUCCAGUAACCUUGGUGACGUCAGUCCAAACAUCAGGGGACCUCACUGUGUGAACACUGGACUGCCCUGUGACUACCUGAACAGCUCCUGUCCUGUAGGAGGGACUAAGAUGUGUCAGGCGUUUGGACCUGGAGACAACAUGUUUGACAGCACAAGGAUCAUCGGACACAACAUCUACUUGAAGGCCAAGGAGCUGUAUGCUAACGCAGUGGAGGAGGUGACUGGUUUUCUUCACGCUGCUCAUCAGUGGGUCAACAUGACGGAUGUUACUGUUCAGAUCGACAGUACACACACGGUCAGUACAUGUAAACCAGCUCUGGGUCACAGUUUUGCUGCAGGAACAACAGAUGGAGGAGGAGACCUCAACUUCACUCAGGGUGCUGUGGAAGGUGACCCGUUCUGGGAUGGGAUCAGAGACGCUCUCCUGGGCGAGCCGUCCAAUCAGACGCAGGAAUGCCAUCAUCCCAAACCCAUCCUGUUCAGCACGGGGGAGAUGAAUUGGCCUCUGCCCUGGCAUCCUCAGAUUGUCGACGUUCAGAUCAUCACCAUCGGAUCCGUGGCUGUCGUAGCUGUUCCCGGAGAAAUCACCACCAUGGCAGGACGGAGGUUGAGAGAAGCUGUGAAACAGGAGCUGGAGUCCGAGGAGACGCUCAGGGACGUGGACGUGGUGAUCGCUGGCCUCAGUAACGUGUACACUCACUACAUCACCACCUACGAAGAGUACCAGGUGCAGCGGUAUGAAGGAGCCUCCACCAUCUACGGUCCACACACGCUCAGUGCUUACCUGCUCAAAUACCGAGGUCUGGCCAGAGCCAUCGCACAGGACAGAGUGUCGGAGCUGCCGCUCGGCCCUCAGCCUCCCUUCUUUAAGAACCUCUUCAACCUGCUUCCUGUGGCGCCUGCUGACAGGAAACCAGUGAACAGCAGCUUUGGAGACGUCCUGCAGCAGGUUUAUCCCGUCUACAGACAGGGUGAUGUUGUCUCUGUGACCUUUGUAGCAGGAAACCCUCGACACUCUGGAGACAUAAGAGACAGAACUUUCGUUACCGUGGAGAUUUAUGACAACAGAACAGAAACCUGGGAGGUGGUGCACACCGAUGCAUCAUGGGAAACCAGGUUUCACUGGCUGAAGGGUUCGAACCGGCAGAGCAACGCCACAGUGGAGUGGCACGUUCCCCCGUCGGCCUCCAGCGGCUCCUACAGGAUCAAACACUUCGGACACUACAAACAGAUGAAAGCCCUGCGACCCGUCAUCACACCGUACGAAGGCACGUCUGAUGUCUUCAGAGUCACCGCCAGCUUUUACCACCAGUGACAUCACCAGUCCCCGAGCAUCGACUGGACGGAGGUCUUCAGGACUCCCCAGGACUUUGUGUAACCAC